AUGAGAGUGAUCAAGAGUAAAUUCCCCGAUUUCCCUGAAAGAACGGUUGUUCUAGGGUAUUUUGGAUGGAGAGAUUUAACGGUGUACAAAGUUCCUCCAAAAGAGAAACAAGGAUAUGGGUCAAUUUAUAAUGACUUGAAGGGUCUCCCAGUAUCGUAUGCUUUGGGAUCAUGCGGACUCAUCCGACUUUGUGACCCAAAACCAGGAGAAACCGUCGUGGUGUCGGCGGCAGCUGGAGCAGUUGGCAGUGUUGUGGGGCAGAUAUCAAAAAUCAAAGGUUGUACCAUUAUCGGUUAUGCGGGCAGUGACGAUAAAGUCGAAUGGCUAAAAGAACUCGGGUUUGACCAUGCGAAGAAAGCGGAGGUGGAUGAAACCUUGAAACAAUACGCUCCAAAAGAGAUUGCCUGCUAUUUUGACAAUGUCGGUGGGGAGUUUGCCUAAAAUGUCGUGAAAAACAUGAACUCGAACGGCCGAAUUGCUUUGUGCGGUGCAAUUGAGACUUACAACCGAGAUUCCAGCCAGCUUCCAAGGAGUAUGUACACAUUUAUUAUUACAUACCUAAGUCUUACACUUAUUUUGAAAUUCGUUUUUUACAGUCCCUUUCGAUUAUGUAACCACGAUCUACAAGCAAUAAAAGUGGAAGGGUUUAUGGUCGUUCGAUGGUGGCAGGAAUGGUUUGAAGGUGUGAUUCAGUUGCGUGAUUGGAUUCUUGAGAUCAAGGUUCAAGAAAUGAGAGUGCAUGGAAGGAUUCGAUCAAAUCCCGCUUGCAUUUAUUAAUCUCCUUCAGGGUAAAAACACUGGGAAAAUGAUUGUAAAAGCUUGAUUUGUUGACUCUGGGUUAUUAAUUUCCAUG